CUGACAAAUGUUGCUACUUUUUACUGGUGACAGGUUACCCUAGCUACUCGGGGCUCCAUAUUUUUCCCCUGUAAACUCCCAAGGUUAACUCUAAGUGCGAGGAAAACCGGGAAAGGGCUUGGGCAGCUGCCUGUGCGUCCCCCAAGAUUUUUCCUCAGGUGGGUGGCAGCAGCAGCAGCAGCAGCAGCAGCAGCAGAGGAAGACCGGAAUCUCCCUCUUUGAGCACAGGUGCACUCUGAGGAUUUACCAGUCCGUCACAGGGGGGGACAGCUGGGUUUAUUCUGAAGAAUGCAAGAGAACAACCUUGACCAGCCGCCGUCGCUGUCUCAGCUCUUAAGAGAGAGCUACCUGGCAGAGGCCAGAGCCCAGCAGCGCCACAGCGAGAUGAGCCGGUCGGACGCUUCCUCCACACGUCUCCAGAUCUACGGGUCGCUCAAAGGCAAAGCAGAGGACUCUGUGGGCCACAGUGACCCCCAGUUCCCAGACCUCUCAGCCUUCCUGAGCCAGGAGGAGCUGGAUAAGAGCGUGAACCUGGCUCGCCAGGCCAUCGGACACGAGCCUCAUGAGGAGAGGGCAGAGGUCAAGGCCUCUGUCGUGCCGUUAACCCCGUCCAACAUCUCCUCAGUGUCGGUUUCUUCCUCUACACCCCCGUCUGUUCCCUUCGCUAACCCAUCUCCUGCUCCGUUUGCUGCGCCCUCCGCCGCCCCCUUCACCCAGCCGACUCCUGAAUUCAAAGAGCAACACACAACGUUCACGUCGGACAGAAAGAUGCACAAAGCCUCCACACGGCAGGACAACAUGGUGAGGAACAGCAGGGACUCCAGCGACGGAUUCAAUGACUUCAACAGGUCAGCGAGGAACGCCCCGUACGGUCUGGAGACCCAGUCCAAGAAGGAGUUUCUCAACAAGGCAGCAGACUUCAUUGAGGAGCUCUCCUCCCUCUUCAAAGCCAACAGCUCCAAACGGAUACGACCGAGAACAUGCAAAGCUCACAGGAGCAGGGUCCAGAACAAGAGCCAGAACGAGGAGACAGUUUAUCCCCUCGGCUCAGAGAACAGGGAACGCGCAGUCCUGCCUGCAGAGGUGGAGAAGGAGAGACCCAGCCCUGCUGUCAGCCACCAACCAGAGGUCCGACUGGACUCUGGACACGGGGAGUUUCAGGACUGCAGGAUUACUGAGGAGCAGCAGCGGUACGACUGCGCUUCCCAGGAGGUGGAGCAGGAGGAGGCUGGAAGCCAUGCCCUGACAGAAGCUCCAUACCCGACGGAGCCUGUGUGCGAGCCUCCUCGUUUCAUCCAGAAACUGAAAAGCAGGGAGGUUCCAGAGGGAAGCAAGGUCCAGCUAGACUGCAUCGUCAGAGGACUCCCUGUGCCCGAAGUCCGGUGGUUUUGUGAGGGCAAGGAGCUGGAGAACAGCCCCGACAUUCAGAUCAUCACCAACGGAGAGCUGCACUCCCUGAUCAUCGCAGAGGCGUUCGAGGAGGACACCGGACGCUACUCCUGCUUCGCAUCUAAUUUCUAUGGCACUGACUCCACAUCGGCCGAGAUCUACGUCGAAGGUGCUUCCUCUUCAGAUUCUGAAGGGGAGCAACGCUUUGAACAUGUAGCCCAGCUGCAGAGGAAAACCCAAACGUCAGCCCCAACUUCACCUCCAUCAUCAGGCCAAACCAUCCCUGCAGAGGAGGAAGAGUUUCUGUCGCCCCAACCCACAGCAACAACCGAGGAACCGGUAGAGGAGCUGUCCUUACCACCAACUAAUCAACCUCUUCUACUGGGCCAGACAACCACCACAGUACUUUCCGUCCCAGAGCUCUCCAAAGUAUCUGUGGCAUCUGCAGCACAACCCGCUCAGGAGGAGUCGACAGCGCUGCCCGUCCAGGCAUUUCCCACUUUGUCACAGGCCAAUACAGAACUUUCAGAAGCCCAGGAAGUGUCGGCAUCAGUCCAGGUCACAUCCACACCACCGGUAUUGCAGACAGCCACGGCGAUAGCACCAACACAAACACCCCAACCUGAGAGCCAAACCUCCAACCUCAACUACCUACAGGGAUUAAACGGGCAACCAAUCAUGGCUGCCCCUGUAUUCACAAAGAGCCUGCAAGACCUCUUUGUAUCAGAAGGCCAGCUGGUGGUGCUAGAGUGCCGUGUGAAAGGGACACCAUCACCUCGGGUGGACUGGUACAGAGAGGGAAAGACCAUAGAGGACUCUCCUGACUUCAGGAUCCUGCAGAAAAAGCCAAGAACUCCGGCUGAAUCAGAGGAAAUAUGUACUCUGGUCAUUGCUGAGGUCUUUCCGGAGGAUUCGGGGGUGUUUACUUGCACAGCGAGCAACAAGUAUGGGACCGUGUCCAGCACUGCUGCACUGAGGGUCAGAGGCCAUGGCAGAAACACCAACCACGUGAGGCCUGUCAACAGUUUGACGACGGAGCCAAGUCGAAUCCAAGAACCAUCCCCAUCAGUUCCCACUGUGAACCCCCAACCAGAGGUUACUGUGACCAACAGCAUCAAGCCCCACUCCAGCACCAUUCGCCUAGACCCGCUUGUCUCUAGCACCUUACGCCUGGACCCCUUAAACACCAGCACCCUCCGCCUGGACCCCCACAGCUCCAGCAUGUUGCGCACCAGCCUGUCUAGUCUGGAGCCAUCCAGCCUGAGCAGCAGCAGCACCAGCUCCUCCUUCAACUCUCGAAGCACCAGCACCCCAAACCUAGAUCCUCUACACCUGCGCCAUGACCCUUCUGGAUCCAGUGGAGCACAAAGCAGUGGAGGGGUGCUCUCAUACCCAAAACCCUUCAUGUCUCCAUCUGUGGUUGAGACGUCAGCUGAGCAGGAAGUGUCCACACCUACGAUGACGUCGCCAGACACGAGCCCUAAAGCUAAAGGGACCCCGAACCAUCAGAAUGGGAGCCCCAUUGUGGUGCCCCUCCCUGACCCUCCUCCAAACUCCUGCCUCAAGUCCGGCACCCUGACAAACCACAAAGACUCUCGCUCCGGUCGUGUCGGUCUGCGCGUGCACUUCAAACUGCCCGAGGAUGAGGAGGACGAACAAAGUGACGCAUCCAGCCGGUGUGAAGAUGAAGACGCCGCUCUGGCAUUGGCCAACAAAGAACCACCACCUGUGCUGGCUAAACCCAAACUGGACCCAGCCCAGCUCCAGCUUCUGCACAACCAAGUCCUCUUGGAGCAGCAGCAGGAGACUGAACCUCCAACCCAAACCCACACCACCCAGCCUCAGUCCUACACCCCAAUCCAGAUCCAGAUUCUGCCCGAGGUCCGAAGCUCUCACGAAGGUCUGCUGUGGUCGCCCAGAAUGCACCGUGAACCCCAACUGCUGCCUUUCCCGCCCUACCUUAGCACCACGACUCCCCCUCAGCAGGCGCCCCACUCGGCGCCUCCACUGACCACCACCAUUGCCCAACCUGCUCCAGCACUCAACAUCACCUUUUCACCUCCUCUCAACACUGCUCCUACUCCUUCUUUCAGUUCCCUGCCUUCUACCCCUCAGCUAAAGAUGUCCUCACUCGUGACCUCGCCUCCGCCUGCCCCACAACUCAGCACAACUACAGUAACCCAGAUGAACACCAUCCACGCCUCCCACCUCAACCUGUCCCCUGCAGCUCUUGCCAGAUCUGCACCCACCCUCCAGUUCUCCUCUCCACCCGCACCAAAGCUCAGUACAGUCCCCACAGAUUCAACUCCGGCCUUGCAGCAGAUCACCUCUCCUGCUCCCCUGCUGAGAAGCACCCACGCCUCCCUCAUGAACCUCACCGCCACCUCCUACACCUUCAACUACACCCGGCCUAAAGAGUUCAUAGCUGCUCAGACGUUCUCACCGGUCAGGAGUCCAUCCCCGACUGAAUCCCCGGUGCCCCUGCUCCAGGAGCUGGCUGCAGAGAUCAACUCUUCCGCGGCCAGUUCUCCCACCCUCCCGCCAUUUUCCCCACCACCCAGGAUCUUCCCCACGAGGGUGCUGAAGUCUCCCACCAGCCCUCCUUCCCUUGUGUCCUCGCCCACACCGGGGACAGUGCAGUUCCUGAACAACACAUUCGCCAUACGAGCCCAGUCGCCUCCCCAGGCCUCUUCUCCCACCUCCAGCAGCUCCACCCCCAGCCCCAUUCAAAACCCUGUGGCCUUCCUCAGCUCUGUCCUCCCGUCCCUGACCCCGAGUCAGCCCACAAACUCAAUGGGCUUGCCCAGGGGAGCUCCUUUAGGGCUACAAAAGAAGGUACCCAAGGUGCGCCUCCCGUCAACUGAAGAAAUUCGUGAGAGCAAAGAAACUCUCCUCCAGGACAUCGAGAAAAAGCUCAGAUUUAAAGACGACACUCCGCAGUUUGCACAUCAACAGAAGCUGAGUAAUGAGGGGAAAACAGCGAGCAGACCCCUUGGACCAAACAUUCCUGCUACUGUCAUUAACUAUGAUGAGGAGUACAAAGUGUCCAAUUUUGAGCAGAGGCUAAUGAGCGAGAUCGAGUUCCGUUUGGAGCGAACGCCAGUGGAGGAGUCGGACGACGAGGUACAGCACGACGACGUCCCCUCUGGGAAAUGCAUUGCGCCCAUAUUCGACAAGAAACUGAAGAACUUCAGGGCCAUGGAGGGUGUGCCCGUCACCUUCUCAUGUAAAGUUGUGGGAAUCCCGCUUCCAAAGGUUUACUGGUUCAAGGAUGGAAAGCAGAUCUUGAGGAAGAACGUCCAUUACAAGAAGAUAAGAGAGGGGGAUGGGACCUGUGCUUUACACAUAGAAUCCACAACCAGUGACGAUGAUGGUAACUACACCAUCAUGGCAGCUAAUCCACAGGGACGAAUCAGCUGCUCUGGUCAUUUGAUAGUCCAGACGGGACCUCAGCGAAGCCGAAUGACACCUAUUCACUCUCAGAGGGUGCGAGCCCGCAUACAGGAAGUUGAAAGUGAGCAAACCCAGGAGCGCUUUUUCCGGCCUCACUUCCUCCAGGCUCCGGGCGACAUGCUGGCUCACGAGGGAAGACUGUGCAGAUUAGACUGUAAGGUGAGUGGAUUGCCCAACCCAGAGCUGAUGUGGCUGGUCAACGGGAGGCCAAUCUAUCCGGACAUUUACCACAAGAUGUUGGUGCGGGAGAACGGCGUCCAUUCCCUGGUCAUCGACCCUCUGACGCAGAAUGACGGCGGCACGUACACCUGCAUCGCAAGCAACAAAGCAGGACAGAGCUCCUUUAGUCUAGAACUGAAGGUCGUGGAAAAAGAGACGAAGCAUCCUCCUCAGUUUUUGGAGAAGCUGCAGAACAUGGGAAUUCCUGAAGGAACUCCAGUCCGGCUGGAGUGUCGGGUGGUGGGUAUGCCUCCGCCGGUCAUCUUCUGGAAGAAAGACAAUGACACCAUUCCUAAAACUAAGGACAGAAUCAGCAUGACCCAGGAUGCCACAGGAUACGUGUGUCUCCUCAUCCAGCCAACAACAAAAGAUGAUGCUGGCUGGUACACAGUGUCAGCCAAAAAUGAGGCUGGAAUUGUGUCCUGCACCUGCAGGCUUGAUAUCUAUGCACAGUGGCAUCAGAGCAUCCCUGCACCCAUGAAGAAAGCUCCGCGCACGGGCAGCCGCUACGCCGCUCUGACUGGCCAGGGGCUCGACAUCAAGUCGGCUUUCCCCACAUCAGACACCAGCCCCAUCCUGUUCUCCAGCUCCCCUCCUGAGGCCAUGCUGGAGAGUGAGGAGCUGUGAGCUGCCUGCAAACACUCCAGCAUGGUGACCUGACCCUGAGGUCAAAACAGUAGAAGGCUUAAAGAAGAGUGAUUAUCUGAGCAGAUUGUCAUGUGAUUUGUGUGAUGCAUUUGAAGUGAUACAUUCAGAAUAGAACGGCAAAGAAUUACUGCAUUAAAGCUAUCAGCACUGAUAGUGGGUUUGACACCAUUCCUAUUUACUCAAGACAUAUGAAGAGUGUUUCACAGAAGAAAAUGACAGAUUUGCAAAGUCUUAGCUCAUGAGCCAUCAGUGGAGUUGAAUAUUGUUCUGACAGGUUUGAAUGAUUCACGUUUGUUUUCUACAUCAUAUUUAGCUACUGGCUGAAUGUUGGUGUUCUUAAUAGUUAGUCCUAUUCUCAAAGUGGUAUUAACACUACUUAUUUUUAUUGCAAAUCACAUGCACAGUGGCUUCAGAAAGUAUUCAGACCCCGUCACUUGCUGCACACGUGACAGGAUUGAGAAAAACUGUAAAGUGGACGGGUCUGAAUACUUUCUGAAGCCACUGUAUAUGUACUGGUAGUACUAGUUUCUUUUAAAGUUUAUAUUAAAAAGUAGUCAUAAGUUAUUGUUUAUGAAUAAUCAGAAAUAGUUUAGAGUAUAUUAAUAGACAUUUGAAUGUGCCAUUUAGAUCAGUUUAAAUGGCUCCAACGAGGUUUCUAUACUUAACUAAAUUAUUUCUUUACGUUCAUCACUGGUUCACAGUUUUGCACCAUGUUUUUCAAGUGCAUGCAUGCCAACAGCUGACGAAGAUGCGAUACUGUAUAACUCAUCAUACAAACACACUGUGCCUGCUCACAGUCAUAAUAAUAAUAUCCUGUUUGGUGAGUAUAAUUCAUGGUUUGUAGUUGAAACACUGAAACACUUUCUUGUUGCUUUCAGGCUAUUUAAAUCAUCUUUGUAUUGACAAAGAUUUAUCUCCUUAAUUGCAUCUACAGUUUGGAUGUAUUAUCAGAGGAAUUAGUCAGAUUAGACUAAAAGUUUGGUUUGUGAUUCAGCAAAUGACACAAGUCAAGUGUAUCAUGCAGAGGUUACUGUUAAAACAAAUUCAAGACAGUUUGAAAACAUAUUGGAGAAAAGUUUGAAAGCACAUAUUCAACUGAUGUAAAGUUGCACAUUGUAAAAUAGUUUUGUCCUUCUCAGAAUAAAGUUAUAUUUAUUCAAACAA